AUGAAGAAAAAGGUCUUGAGGAAGCAGGACAACAUGCCCUUACUGCCCAAUAAGCCCAUCAUCCAUGGGGAUGGCAGCUUCCCAUGCAUCUCCUCAGUGACCUCGCAGACGGCCCCUGGGGCCAAGCGACGAGAGGAGCCGCCCCGUGGGCAUGGGCAGAAGGACAGAGCCUUUUCAGACCCACAGCAGUCCUUGCAGGAGGCACUCUCCAUGCUGAGCAGCGAUGACUGGGAACUGAAGGAGAAGGGACUCUUCAACAUCCCACGCCUGGCUGAGUCCCAUCCAGAAGUCCUGCUUUCCAGACUUCAUGACAUUUGCUUGGCAGUUACCAGCGAGGUGACCAACCUGCGGUCCAAGGUGUCCUGUUCUGCAAUCGUCACUCUGGGAGAGCUCUUUGCCAUCUUGAAGAAGGACAUGGACUCUGAGCUGGAUGAGGUUACUCCAGUCCUUCUUCACAUGGUGCACAACUCCCCAGAGUUUGUUCAGAAGGCAGCCCGUCAGAGCCUGGGGAUGAUGGUGGAGAAUGUGACUCCUGCACGAGCAAUGACUUUUCUCAUGGACAGGGGAGUCAAGAGCCGCUACACCCAGGCGCGGAAGUGUGCGGCCGAACUCCUCCUGUCCUUGGUGGAGAAAAUGGGAGUCACCAAGCUCGCAGGCACCCCCAGGGCUGAGAGGCUGGCACAAGUGGCAGGGAAACUGGCUCAGGACCGUCACCAGGACACAAGGGUGAAAUCUACCUCUGACCGAUGCCUCCUCCACCAUCCAAAAGCCCAGGUCACGUUACCUGCAGCUGUGGAAGGAAUGGAGUCACUCCAGAAGCUUUACCAUCUCCUGGAAGCCAAGCGGUUUCAGGCACGGAUGGAAGGAGUGGCACUCCUCCUAGAUCUGUGCAAAACCAGCCCCCAGCUGAUCUCCAGUAACAUUUUCCAAAUUUUUGAUUAUUUUGUCCUGAGAAUAAAUGACACCCACAAGAAAGUGAAGCAGAAGGCGCUGGAGGUGCUGGCAGAAAUGACAGGACUCCUGGAAGAUGCCCUGAACCCGGUGAUGGUCCGUUUGGUGGAAGGGAUAACAAAGAACCUGAACUCAAAGGAUCCCGGGGUUCAUGCUGCAGCUGUGAACGCACUGGACAGAUGUGUUGUUCAUUUGGAUGAAGUAUCACUGAUGAAAGAGCUCAGCCACCAAUGGAGCCAACUGAGUGGCCAAGCUCUGCUGGAGGUCACGGAGCGUAUCACAGAUCUUGUGGAAUGGGUUUAUGCCAGGAGCCCUGAAGUGGUCCAGCGCUAUGCCCUGCCCGUGCUCUGGUCCUGCCUGGAGAACAAGGCGCUGCCUGUGCGAAGCGCCAACGUCUGCGCUGUGGUCACCAAGCUUGCCUGUGCCCUCUGCGAGGUGAUGGGCACCCAGCUGAUUAGGUGUGCUGAGAGCAAGCCCCCACAUGUGCAGGAAAACCUCUCCAACCUUUUGGGCUGGUGA